AUGGACCCAAAGUAUAAUCCAGAUACAGCUAAAAUUUAUCAUUUUCGUUAUAUGAGGGAGUACCGUGCUGUGGCCGUCCUAUGGGGAUUAUUGUCUAUCAUAUGGUGUAUUCUGAAUAUUGUGGCAUUUGUACAGCCUCAAUGGAUCGGAGAUAGUCCAACAAGUCCAGGAUAUGGUCAUCUUGGACUUUAUCAAUAUUGUUAUCCUGAUAAUGCCCGAGCUAUAUAUGUAUGCAGUGGAACAUUUGCAGAUUUCGCCACCAUUCUUAAUGAUUCAUUUAAGGCGUGCACAUUUUUCGUUGGAGUUUCAGCCCUACUGAUGUUGAUUGUUGUAGCUGCUCUUCUCUUAUUUUUCUGUUUCAAGAAAACUGCUGUGUUUAUAUUUUGUGGUAUUUUACAAUUAAUAUCAGCUAUAUUCAUGUUUCUGGCCUGUGUUAUCUAUCCAAAUGGUUGGGAUCAUCCUGAAGUUGAGAAGAUUUGUGGUUCUGAUGCCAAUGAAUUCAGAUUGGGAGAAUGCCAAGUUCGAUGGGCCUAUAUCCUGGCUAUUCUAGGAAUAUUUGAUGCCUUAGUUUUAGCUGUAUUAGCAUUCUUCCUGGCUACUAAAAGAGCAAAGAUUGAAAUUUAUUCUACAACUGGAACUGUGACAAAAUGUAAGUAUAUUCUUAAAUCAGAAUCAUUAUAUUGA